AUGGACCACACGGAGAAGUUGGUGCAAGAGCUCGCGAAACGAGAAGAAGGCAGCAGCCGUGCCAGCUUAGAAGGAUCCUUCCUGCAAACUGUGAAGAAGAGUUGGAAACAAUUGUCUGAGGUGCUUCUGGUCACGCCGGAUUCGCAGCCACGCGAUGCGGAGGCGCUUUGUGAUACGAUCCGCGCGCUGCAGUUGCAGGAGAGUACUCUGAAGCUGUUUCGGGCCUCGGGUGCGUGGUUCUUCGACCCGCCCACGGCCACCGAAAGGCCCGGUCAGCUGGGCGACGAGGCGGCGAAAGCUCCCGAGGAGGAGGACGAGGAAAAACUCAUGGAGCUCGAGGCCAAGUCUCGCAGCGACUACAACCUCGGCGUACGCCUUCUCAAGGGGAAGGGCGUCGAGAAAGACGAAGUGGAGGCGGCCCGGUGCUUCCGAGAAGCUGCCGACCUGGGCCAUCUCAAGGCCUCCUACGCCUUAGGGGUGAUGCUGUUGAAUGGGCAGGGCGUGGGCAAGGACGAAGUGCUCGCAGGAGCCUACCUGAAGCAAGCGGCACAGGCCGGCGACCCCAAAGCGAUGUACAACUUGUCCCUGAUGUACCAGAACGCCAUAGGUGUCAAAAGGGACCUCGAUGUUGCGAAGGAGUGGAUGGAGCAAGCAGCGAAACGAGGUCACAAGAAGGCCUUGAGGAGCAAGAGCAUCAAAGUCUUUGGUGCAGGGCCCUGGAUGGAUUACGACCCUGACGAGAUGGGUGUCGACAGGAUCGUGAAGGAGGCCAAAGCCGGCAACACCCACGCGCAGUUUCGGUUGGGAAGUAUGUACUACGAGGGCGAGAAGUUUGCUCCAGACAAGGCCCAAGCAUCCUACUGGUUUAUGCAAGCUGCGCAAGCGGGGCUGCCUGAGGCGCAGUACCAGAUCAGCAGGAUGCUUUUCCUGGGCGAUGGCGUCGAGGCGGAUGCUGAGUACGCCAUGCGGUUCCUCAAGUUGGCAGCCGAAAGGGGCCACGUCGAGUCCAUGCACAACUUGGGCGUCAAGUUGUACUUUGGUGAUGGUAUUGGGAACGACAGGCGAACAGCUGCUUCGUGGUUCCUGAAAGCCUCUGAACAGGGCUUCCCACAGUCGCAGAACAACCUGGGCUGGAUGCUCUACUGCGGCGACGGCGUGCCCAUGAACACCCAGGAGGGGCUGAAAUGGCUGGAGAAGGCGGCCAGUGCUGGCAACCAGGAGGCUCAGUAUCACUUGCUCUCCGUCCGGGGCACGAUGAUUUCAGGCGAUUGA